AUAUAACCAAUUUAUUUUGAUACAAAAUAAUUUUUUCAUUCGUUAGGUGAUUCAAUUUGGUGUUUGAAACUUUUGAGAUAUUAUUUUAACUAUAUUUAAUAUUAUUAAAAAGUAAGGGUUCAUUUUAAUUUUUGUAUACAGCAUUUAACUGUUUACAUUGUACAAUAUUUAAAAUUAUGGCCCAAUUCCAAGGACAAAUGCCUUCAAGAGAGUUUUUGUGGGAUGUAUUUCAAAGGUUAGAUAAAGAUAGAAGUGGAUCUAUUAAUUCUAAUGAGUUACAGUUAGCUCUUUCAAAUGGUACCUGGAGUCCUUUUAACCCUGAAACUAUUAGAUUAAUGAUGAGUAUGUUUGACAAAUCAGGAAAAGGUACCAUUAAUUUUGAUGAUUUUGGUGCUCUUUGGAAGUAUGUGACUGAUUGGCAAAACUGUUUCCGUUCUUUUGAUAGAGAUAAUUCUGGAAACAUUGAUAAAAAUGAAUUACGAUUAGCAUUGCAAAAUUUUGGUUACAACUUAUCUGAAACUACUGUCAGUACUAUGAUGCAGAAAUUUGAUAGAAUGGGUCGAGGAACUGUAUUAUUUGAUGAUUUCAUUCAAUGUUGCAUAAUGCUUAAUAAUUUAACUGCAGCAUUUCGCCAAUUUGAUACUGAUCAAGAUGGUGUAGUUACAAUGCAUUAUGAACAAUUUGUUGGCAUGGUUUUUAGUAUUAAAAAUUAAAUUAACAAUUGCUACAUUUAAUACACACCCAUGUUUUUAUUUACACAAUUUAUAAAUAAACCUUUAAGUCUGCUAAAAAGCAUUUAAGUAAAUAAGAGCUCUAAGAUAUUUAAUAUUAUAUACAAGCUUUGAUACUGAAAAAUAAAAUAUGUUUUUAUUUCUCUUUAUAAAUAAAAAAUAAAUAACCUUAAUUGA